AUGGUCCAAGCCUGCUUGGUGUGCUCCAGAGUUCAUAGGGGCAGCCUGGCAGCCCGGGCAGCUGCAGCGGACAUGGACAAGCAGGACAAGCCCAGUCCCUCUGCCAAGAAGCACGUGCGGCUCCAGGAGAGGAGGGGCUCCAACGUGUCACUGGUGCUGGAUAUGAGCUCCCUAGGGAACGUGGAGCCCAUCCAGCCUGUCUGCACGCCACGGGACAUCACACUGCAGUUUCUGAGGACGUCCAGCCACGUGCUGAGGAAGCAGGAGCUGCAGCAGCAUGCCCAGAGCCUGGCACAGCUCCAGGAAGAGUUUUCGAAAAUCCCACCCAACUUUGUGAGUCCGGAGGAGCUGGAAAUCCCUGGACGUGCUUUCAAGGACAGAUACAAAACCAUUCUCCCCAAUCCUGAGAGCCGGGUCUGCCUCAGGAGGGCUGGCAGCCAGGAGGAAGACAGCUACAUAAAUGCCAACUACAUCACAGGCUACGCGGGGCGGCCCCGGGAGUACAUCGCCACGCAGGGACCCCUGCUGAGCACCGUGAGCGACUUCUGGCAGAUGGUGUGGCAGGAGGAGGCUCCUCUCAUCGUCAUGAUCACCGAGCUCCCGGAGCGCAAGGAGAAAUGUGUCCACUACUGGCCCGAGAAGGAGGGCACCUAUGGCCCCUUCACCAUCCAGGUGCAGGGGGUGAGUGAGUCUGUGGAGUACGUGGUGCGGGACCUCUCCAUCCAGCUUGGGAAGGAAAGCCGCAAGGUCAAACACAUCCUCUUCCCUUCCUGGCCGGACCAGCAGACACCCGAGUCAGCCAAGCCCCUGCUGCGCCUGCUGUCCAAGGUGGAGGAGGCUCUGCAGACUGCAGCCAGCCCAGGGCCCAUCGUGGUGCACUGCAGCGCGGGCAUCGGCCGCACCGGCUGCUUCAUCGCCACCAGGAUCGGGUGCCAGCAGCUGCAGGACAAGGGGGAGGUGGAUAUCCUUGGAAUCGUGUGCCAUCUGCGCAUAGACAGAGGUGGGAUGAUCCAGACGAGCGAGCAGUACCAGUUCCUCCAUCACACGCUAGCUCUCUUCGCUUCCCAGCUGCCGGAGGGGGCAGGCUGCUAGUGCAGGGCUCCCACCGGCCUUGUGGCUGCCUGCUCUGACCUCCCCUGCACCAGCCUCGGGGAUACCUUCAUCAAAACCUCUCCUGAUGCUGCCAGGCCACAGAGCAGCAGCGUGGACAUCCCUCGGGAUGAGUACAGCUGAGCCAACCCACGGCCACUGUGGCUUUGGACGCUGGGGAUGAGCAAGGUGAGGUGCUGCACUGGGUGCUCGAGGUGGCCACUGCUGCUGGCUCCAGGCAGAUUUCACCCAUAGAGAGCAGCUCUGGCUUUUGAGAGGUGCAAGAUCCUGAACCAGAAGAGCAAGAUGUGCAGAGGAUCUGCAGCUGGCAGAUGCUGGAAGCUUGGUUUCCCUUUCAGCUGCAGACAAAUGUCCACCCUGUUAGACACAGCACUGGUGGAACUACCCUGAAAUAAAUGGAGUCUCUGUC